AGUGCUGGGAGAUCGGGGGGUGUCUUUCUGUUGCCAGCAUAUGAGACGGCACAGGCUGCUGUCAUAUUGGUGUGUGUCCUGAUCUUGGCAUUGGAGGCUGUGCAGAGGAAAGGGCAGAAGUAAAGCCACUUGCUGUGAAGACUUCUGCUGUCAGCCCCAUGGCAGAGCCAGGAGGGGGAGGUGGAAGUGUUGGUGAGGGAAGUGGUAGUAUAUCCUCGCCAUUGGAUUCUACUCAUGACAAAAUGGCUUUGAAGACGACUGACGAGAGAGAAGAUGGCAAUGGAGACAAGUACAACAAGGGCAGUACGAGCACAAAUGGUGUGUCCAAUGGAGACUGUGUCAACGUAGAGGCCAAAGAGGACGGUGGGACUGCUCAGCCUGAAAGUCCAAGCAUUGACAAAGGAGGCAAACCAGGUCUUCCCCGCAGAAGCAGCAUUAUCAAGGAUGGUACAAAGCAAAAAAAAGAGAGAAAGAAAACUGUAUCAUUUAGCAGUAUGCCUACCGAGAAAAAGAUCAGCAGUGCAAGUGACUGUAUCAAUGCGAUGGUCGAGGGGUCUGAAUUAAAAAAAGUAAGGUCAAACUCCAGAAUCUAUCACAGAUACUUUCUCUUGGAUGCCGACAUGCAGUCUCUGCGAUGGGAGCCCUCCAAGAAGGAUUCGGAAAAAGCCAAAAUUGACAUUAGGUCUGUAAAGGAAGUUAGAACGGGAAAAAAUACCGAUAUUUUCCGUAGCAAUGGCAUUUAUGACCAGAUAUCUGAAGACUGUGCUUUCUCAAUCAUAUAUGGUGACAAUUAUGAAUCUUUAGACCUUGUUGCAAAUUCCGCUGAUGUUGCAAACAUCUGGGUAACCGGAUUGCGAUACUUAAUUUCAUAUGGAAAACAUACACUGGACAUGAUUGAAAGUUUUCAUGAUAACAUGCGGGCGUCUUGGCUUUCGGACAUAUUCAGGGAUGUGGAUGAAGCAAACGUGGGGCAAGUUCCCCUUUGUAAGGCAGUACAGUUUAUCAAACAGUUAAAUCCUGGUCUUAAAAACACAAAAAUUGAAUUAAAAUUCAAAGAGCUACAGAAAUCAAAAAAUAAAAUUAGUACGGAUGUUACAAAAGAUGAGUUCAUUGAAGUUUUCCACGAGUUGUGUACCAGGCCUGAAAUUUACUUCUUGUUAGUUCAGUUUUCAAGCAAUAAAGAAUAUCUGGAUACCAAGGACCUUAUGAUGUUUCUCGAAGCAGAACAGGGUGUAGCUCACGUUACAGAGGACAUUAGCAUUGAAAUAAUAAAAAAAUAUGAACCUUCAAAAGGUAAGGAGAACGGUUGUCUUUCUCUGGAUGGCUUCACAAACUACCUGAUGUCUCCAGAUUGUUCCAUUUUUGAUCCAGAACACAAAAAAGUGUGCCAGGAUAUGACACAACCUUUGUCUCACUAUUACAUAAAUGCUUCCCAUAACACGUAUUUAAUAGAAGACCAGUUUAGAGGUCCUUCUGAUAUCACAGGUUACAUUCGAGCUCUCAAAAUGGGAUGCCGAAGCGUUGAAUUAGAUGUGUGGGAUGGGCCAGACAAUGAGCCUGUAAUUUAUACAGGCCAUACAAUGACAUCACAGAUAGUCUUCCGUAGCGUCAUCGAUAUUAUUAACAAAUAUGCCUUCCAUGCAUCGGAGUACCCAUUGAUUUUAUGUCUGGAAAACCACUGCUCUGUCAAGCAACAGAAAGUCAUGGUUCAGCAUAUGAAGAAAAUUUUAGGAGAAAAACUUUACACAACCUCCCCCAAUGUAGAAGAAUCCUAUCUUCCAUCUCCUGAUGCUUUAAAUGGAAAAAUACUAAUAAAGAGUAAAAAACUCCCCCCAGAUUGCUCUGGGCUUGAAGGGGAUGUGACAGAUGAAGACGAGGGUGCAGAGAUGUCACAAAGAGUUGGGAAAGAAGGUGAAGAACAGCAGAACGUUGUCACUGUGAAGAGAAUUCAGCUUUCUAAAGACCUUUCGGAUCUGGUAAGCGUAUGUAAAUCAGUUCAGUUCACAGAUUUCCAAGUUUCAUUUCAGAAUCAAAAGUAUUGGGAAGUAUGCUCUUUUAAUGAAGUCGCCGCUAACAAAUAUGCAAAUGAAAACCCUGGAGAUUUUGUUAAUUAUAAUAAAAGAUACCUGUCUCGGAUUUUCCCCAGUCCAAUGAGAAUAGACUCUAGCAACAUGAAUCCUCAGGAUUUUUGGAAAUGCGGUUGCCAAAUAGUAGCUAUGAAUUUUCAGACUCCUGGAUUAAUGAUGGAUCUUAAUAUUGGCUGGUUCCGCCAGAACGGAAACUGCGGGUACGUCCUGCGUCCUGCCAUCAUGCGUGAAGAGGUAUCGUUCUUUAGUGCAAACACAAAAGAUUCUGUGCCUGGAGUUUCUCCGCAGCUUCUUCAUAUUAAAAUAAUCAGUGGACAGAAUUUUCCAAAACCCAAAGGAUCAGGAGCCAAAGGGGAUGUUGUGGAUCCUUAUGUAUAUGUGGAAAUUCAUGGCAUACCAGCAGAUUGUGCUGAGCAGAGAACAAAAACUGUGCAUCAAAAUGGAGACAAUCCAAUUUUUGACGAAAGUUUUGAAUUCCAAGUUAAUCUCCCUGAGCUAACAAUGGUGCGUUUUGUGGUGCUUGACGAUGAUUACAUUGGAGAUGAAUUUAUUGGCCAAUACACUAUUCCAUUUGAAUGUCUACAACCUGGCUACAGACAUAUCACUUUGCAGUCUUUAACUGGAGACAUCUUGGCUCAUGCUUCGUUAUUUGUUCAUGUGGCUAUUACAAAUCGUAGGGGUGGUGGAAAGCCCCAUAAACGAGGCCUUUCUGUAAGAAAAGCCAAGAAAUCAAGGGACUAUGCAUCAAUGAGAACCUUAUGGAUUAAGUCAAUCGAUGAAGUAUUCAAGAAUGCUAUUCAACCAAUAAGGGAUGCUACAGACCUAAGAGAAAAUAUGCAGAAUGCGGUAGUUUCCUUUAAAGAGCUCUGUGGACUGUCUCCCGUGGCUAAUCUCAUGCAAUGCAUUUUGGCGUUAUCAACUCGUUUGGCUGGACCAGAUAACUCACCAGUUGUUGUUAUGGACCUCAGUGAUCAAUAUCCGACGAUGGAACUGCAAGGAACAGUUCCUGAGGUCAUGAAAAGGAUUUUAAUAGCAUAUGACUUGAUAAUCCAGAGCAGUAAGGCUUUAAUCGAGAAUGCUGAUUGCGUUUACGAGAAGAUAGCGCAAUGUCAAAAGACUGCUAUGGAAUUCCAUGAGAAUUUGAACUCCAUCGGGGCUAAAGAAGGUUUAAAGGAAAGGAAGAUGAUCAAAGCCGUGGAGAGCUUCACAUGGAACAUAACAAUUCUAAAGGGACAGGCUGAUCUACUGAAAUACGCUAAAACUGAGACCUUGGACAACCUAAAGCAGAUUCAUUAUGCUGCCCUUUCUUGUGGACUCAGCAAAUCAGGCACUGGAAGUCAAGAUAUAACCAAACCAAGACGUAGCUUGGAGGCCAUCCCAGAAAAAGCAGGGGAUGAAACUGGAGACUGAAUUCACCGACAGACCAUAUAUUUGGGCUAUUGAUAUCUAGAUCUAGGACCAACAUAACUGCACAAGUUCUCCACUUCCACUUAAAGAAGGAAGAAAAAGCUGUUUUGGGUGUGUUUCGCUUUUAGCACAUUUAUGGAGAAGCUCCAGCAUAGGUCCGCUAAGCUGCGUGGACAUACAGAACAUGAAGGACGGUGUGCAGAAUGCAGAUUGUAAAGUUAGUUGUGCACAAAAAUAUACCUGUUAGAAUCAGAACAAUAGUGAAAUACUUGGUUUUAAAUAUGGAGAUAUUUUUUAUCUAGAUUUUAGUAGAAGUAUUUAAAUAAAAUUAAGUCCUCCUCACAUUUCACAAAAAAAGUGUGAUUAUCCUUAAUGUAGCGAGUGCUCAAGAGACAGAAAUGUGUUGCACUGAGGAUUGAAACUAAACACGAGGAUAGUUCUUUGUGUUUUUGUUGAGCCAUAUUGUACAUAUCUAACAACACAGAUCGCAAUAAGGUUCGUGAGCACUGCACUUGUGAACAGUGUAUGAAAGAAUGUGAAUUUUAGCACUCCACCUAAAAACGUAUUCUGCCACAGUUUUAGAAGUGUGCGUAUCUAAUGUAAAAGUGACCAAAUUUGAAGAAAUAUUGUAAAUAUAUAAUAUUACUUUUUUAUCCUGUGAUGUGUUCACAUACAAAAAAAAAAGUUUUUAUCUUAAUGUCAUGCGAUUUAACAGAUAUUUACUUUUUUGUUUUAAUUUAAUGAAAGGGUGAUAAAUGAAUUCAGUGCAAUGUUUGUUAGAAUUUUUGCUGUUUUAAUGUCAUUUGAAUUUUGACAUCUAUUUUCGAAAGUUAACACAGAUUCUCCUGAAUUGUAUUUAUAAAACCAACACAGCAUUCUUUUAUGCUUAUAUUAUUUUUUAAUAGUCACAUCUCAUUACGCAAUAAACAUUAAGGAUACAAA